AUGACCCAUCUGGUAGACCCCAGUGAUGGACCAGCUGCGCCGGGUGCGUCUGUGCGCAUGUUUGUGUUUCUGGUCUCAGCUGCUGGUGGUCAGGGUUAUGAUUGGCUGAAUGAAGGCAGAAUAAGCCCGAAACAGUGCUGUAUCAAUCUACCCGCAUUCUCUGUCGUCCCUCCUCUCUGCUAUUAUGACUUGGCCGACUUCGGCCUGGUAAUUGGUUGCCUGUUCGUGACCUUUGCCACACAUACGGAGCUUGUUUGCUUUGUGAAGCCAAUAGAUCGGUGUGCGCCCAUUCCUGAUUGAUAUAUAUAUAUAUAUAUAUAUAUAUAUAUGUAUGCGAAUUGGAAAGCAGGCAUCCCAAGAAAUGUAACUUGAAGGCAAGUACGUUCAUUGAGAAAAAGAGAACACUUUUCCGUGUCGUCGUCAGAAUCGAGUAAAUGUGCAAAAAACAGGUAACAUUUCAUACGUGCUGAGAAAUCAAUAUUCAUUUGAUGCUUUAGCCAGUAAGCGGUCGUCAUGUGCGUCAGUCUGUUUCGAUUGGCUUUCGUCUUUUCCACUUUCCUCUUAGAUUUUUGUACGUGGCAUCUAACUCGAUGUGCCUGUUGAUGCAUGACUCAUCGGAGUUCUUUGCUUCAAGUAGCUCUCAGCCUUUUUUGAGAUGGGCCGACUCCGACUAUGCGAGGUUUGUCCCAUGCGAAGGUGUGCCCAAUAUCAAGGGUGUUCAUGACCAUUUGAAACAGGUGGUCUCGCCUCUUAACUGCCAGCUGAUGUUCGUGGAUGCACGUAGAGGCAGAUUUUACCUUUUGGCCACAAUAUACGGCAUCACAGCCAUCGCAUGGGAUCUUAUAGACGACUUCAUUUUUAUCGAAAUAAUCAGCCCUAUCCUUAGAAUGUACAAGUUGAGUGCGUAAAGUAGUCGUCGAUUUGUGCGCCAUUUUUAUUUGAUGUUUCAUUAAGUGUCUUUCAGCAAGUCCAGACACAUUCCUGAUGUAAGGAAGGAUUCGCCAAGUAUUCACUUGGUUUUUGUCUCGUGUUGUGUCAUGCAUCGACGUACGAAAUCUCCGGGGUAAACGUUCUGGGAAAAUAAUUCAAACAGGUAGUUUAGGUCAACUUGUUGGCCUUUUUCAUCAGGGCAAUGUGUUUCUGCUCUACGUAGCAGACUUUUGGCAGUACCCCGCUUGUGAGAGAUUGGGCUGUUGCUCUCAUAGUGUAGAAUUAUUUCCGCAUAUGUUACUUUGCGGUAAACGGACGUAUGUAAUGUUCCGUCAGUCUUCCGCUAUACGACAACAUUUAGAAAUAGGUAACUGUCAUGCCAAGACUGGUUUUACAUAUGUAGUCAGGGCGGCAGGGAGGAAGGGGCGAGGAGGGAGUCCUCGAGCAUCUUGUUGCCGGAUGAGGUGAUGGUGUAUCAGCUUCAGUGGUCACUAUCCGCAUGCACACAGGGACUGUGGCUAACGGGGGGAGGGAGUGUGACGGAAUAUAUUCAAUUUACAUCGGGGCCGGCGUUGACACAUUAGCGGCUGUCGUUCGUACCUUCAUUGACCAUGGCUGUCGUCCAAGGUUGACAGUCUUGGUUACGCUGCCACGACUGUCUGUUUUCUCAUCUGCCGGAAAAGUGGAUGGUACGGCUGUACUGACGACUGCGCCUUCGUCGGACCCGGGCUAAGAGGCAGCUGGGUGUGUAUUCGCCAUGGAAUUGUGCAUGUUUGGAUUCAUGUUUAGCCCGGGGUCGCGCUUGCUCAGCUGUUCAUUGAGCUGUGCCCGGAGGGCUUGGUACGUCACGGGAAGAGCCACUCAACGGUUGAUGGAGGUUGUCUCCGUGUGCCAGGCCUUGACUGCUUCCCUGGCUAUGCGGUCGUUACCUCGACUCCGAAUUUCGGCCAUCCGGAAGGCGAACGUGGGUCCGGAAUCGGAGCAGUGUUCUGCCACCAGAGACAACGGGUUCAUCCUUCUUACUGCCCACAUGUGUUCUCCAACAAGGGCCUGUAGUCGUCUGCCGGUCUCCCCACUGUAGGUAGCUUCGCAGGGGUUACAUUGAAUCUGGUAACUGACGUUCGUGGUUUCACCUCGUGCUGAACGGAGUGCUGAAGACCAGAAGAGUCAUCUUCGGCUUAUUACUUAUCGCAAGCCAAGCGCACGCAACCCAGGGUUCGGAAUACAUUAUGGCACUCGAGUGAUGCAACUCAGUUAAUAUUACCUCCUCGCUCUGUCGUCGCCAUGGACGAUGGUAGGCAGCAGUUCCAAAGGUGAGUCGGAAAGCAGUAAUCCCUCCCGCAAGGCAGGACGGCCAAAUACCCCUCCCCCCAAGAUGAUUUGUGCGACGUUCCCAUGAUAAAUGUGCCAUCUCGCGAACUGUUAACCGGAAUUCUGACAUUUGUUUCUAAUUUGAAAGGAUUGCUUAAGUAGAGUUGUAAUAUCAGCCAUUCCGCAACAAAAUCCAGAGAUAUUUCGGCCAUUUCUGGAUACCAGCGUUUGGUCGAGCAUACUCCCGGUUGCCUGUAAAACCUGCAGGCGGCUACGCAUGACUUCUUAUUUAGUAUGAUUUUUUCUCUUUGAUUUUCGAUGUUUAUGUGAAUCCAAAUAGAUUUUCUAGAAAUGAUGUAGAAGAAUGUUCCUACCUGUAAUCAUUUGGCAGCUCCACGGGCCUCACACCUCGGAGUUGGGCAUGGCUGGCUGCUGACGGCAAAUAAGCCAGAAAUGGCGGGACUCGAGAUAGGGAGCCGAAAAACCGCAACAGAUAUAGAAUUCGGACAAGGGGACUGGGACGGCCAUUCCGAGCUUAGUAGGAACGACCAGCCAGUUCAAUCGCAGGUGUGCAGCAUCUGCGCUUCCAUCCCGUCUGUUUUGUUCAUCAAGCGUUACUGAGUAUAGCGCUGCACCCUUUGAUCCACGGGCCCGUUGACAUGUCGGCUGCUAGUAGGAGUAGUGACUAUGUUGGUAGUACAGUGAGUGACCGAUCUCAUGAAAUGUUGGCUGAAAUUCUGAAAUGCGUUUUCGAUUAGGAAGGAUUACUUGGUCGCAGUUGUAAUACUGAUUAUCUGGCGGCAUACUCUUAUAAUAUUUCGGACUCGGCAAGAUGUCGGCUUUCAAAUGCACUUCUUUUCAAUCUCCUAUAGAAAGCGUACUCGGUAAAAAAUGACUACUUAAGUGUCAUGCAUUUUUCCCAUAUUCAUAAACUUUUUUAAAACCUAAUUAUACUCCUUCCUUAAAUAUAAAAUAUAAAGAAGACGUGAUUCUCUAUUGAUUGACUAAAGGAAAGCAUAUUUUUGUUUAUGGUUUCUAUAAACUAUAUUUAAAUUUCCAAAACCAUCGAAAAUCAAUGGGAAAAAUGCAUGCCAUUUAUGUAGUCAUUUUUUUACCGAGUACGCUUUCUACAGGAGAUUGAAAAGAAGUGCAUUUAAAAGCCGAAAUCCGGUCGAGUUCGAAAUGUUAUAAAAGUAUGCCACAAGAUAAGCAGUAUUACAACCGCGACCAAGUAAUCCUUCCUAAUCGAAAACGCAUUUUAGAAUUUUAGCCAACAUUUCAUGAGAUCGGUCACUCACUGUAUGUUUGCUGAUUGGGCUACGGAAUCCGGACGUCGCACAGCGUCUACCAGUGUACGUGGAAUGAGAUUGUAGACAAGGACAAGGGAGACUGCGUUUGGACUCUCUAGCUCAUCAACUGUCAUCAGCCAGGCAUUCCUAUCCACAAAUCAGAAUAGCUUGGGAUUCCGAUCCGGUUCUUUGCUCAUUGACCAUUAAGUAAUGCGACGAUCUACCGUUGACCCAUUAGUCUGUUGACCGUUAGGUAGCUGUCAGUGAUAUUCACUAUCAUGGAAUAGACGUUCAUCGAUCACCCCCUGCCUGUCCUUUGGGUUCAACCUGUAGCCAUUUCAGGCAGACCCAUAACGACAGGUGAAUAUACGGAAGACGAAGCACGGACAAAGUCAACGGACACUGGAACGAUUAUUUCUGUCCUAAUGAUAGUUCGGCCAUCGCAUCCGAUCUGGUCCACAGCAAGGUGAUAGCAGGCAGGCUGAUUUGACCAUGAAUUAGUUUACAGUGUGAGACCGAAAUCCUCGCAAGGGGUGACAACCACGUGAGCCGCGAGCUGCUCGAGUCAUGGUUCUCAGGCCCGCGAUCCAUCACCAAGCACAAUGACCUCCCGGUACCAUAUUCCGUGCUGAGGUUUUCCCUGGACAGGGGAAUCAGUCACGUGGGGAGGGCGCGGGCAAGCACUGAUCACAGUGACAGUAAGCCAAUUUGCCGAGCAAUCGUCACACCAGCAUCCAGCACAGAUGACGAAACCACGGCCAUCAACGACUCGGACUCGGACUGACAAGCGACCACCGCAUCAAUUACGACCCCAGUGAUGAAUGCGAGAACUGUUAAUUGCAGUGCGCAUACGGUCCCACGGCAGCCACGGGCUAUAAAUACUGCACUACUAGUGCCACCAUCACCUUUAUCUGCGAAUGCCUCUAAUGAUGAAUUCGAGUGGGAAUCCGGAACGUCAGACCAAUAAACUUCUUGUUCCAGUGAUCGCAUCUUCAUCUUCUGAAGUGUGGGUCCACUUUCGCAGCAUACACUGCGCUCUCUCCUCCUCCUCCUGCCCGCCUGGGCCCGGUGUCAAGACAGAGUCAGGAAGACCGGAGACGGGGAGGGCGCAGGUGGAUGGCACGGCCGAUACCGCACCUUGGUGUUCACCCCACACCCCCUGCUCCACAACAAACACUUGACCAGGAUUUCGAACAAUAACAGCAACACCACAACCGGGUCAGAAGGACAACGCGAAUGACUGGGCAGCCAUGCACACGGCCUGUAUACCCAGCGGGAGCGCAAGCGCAUCUACCACCAGAGAACCAGGUACCAGAGAAUUGCCGGCGCAUGCCAAGCUGCGAUGGCCAUGGUUUGCUGAUCAUGGUAUAGCGGAUGCUCACAAACCUUACUCUACCCUAAUAACGGUCAUCAGUUAGUCUUACCGAAACUCGUGUUUGCGUAAGCUGGAAGGAUUUAUAAUGUACGAUAUUAGCAGACCACCGUUAUGAGAGAGAGAGAGAGAGAGAGAGAGAGAGAGAGCAUAGGAGUUAGGCCGAGGUGCCUGGGCAGGUGUCUGCGGGCUGUCUGUGUUAAUUCCCGCGUGCAAGUUUCGACUGAAUGUCAGGCUGAUCCAGUUAUCGAUCAAUUGGCUUGGCUCGCCGCAGCAGAGGACACAUUCAUGCAGUCGACCCUAGCGGGGGUAGCCGCUGAGUGCAGCGUAGACCGGACGUGGGUUGACGUGAUUCAGCGCACUGCAACUUGCAGGGUAUUUUAAUUGACGGAAGUUGCUUGUUAGCAGUCGCAGAAAUCCAAAAAAUGAAAGUGGAAAUUGGACGCAUGUCCGUUUUCGCUAAAAUAAAAAAAGAGAAAACAAUUUCCAGAGUAGCUGGGGAAGCCUGCUCAACAAAUUGUGAAUUCUGAUGUUUUCUCCGGAAUAAUUAAAUCCUCUACGAGUUAGAAUUAACGGCCCGACGGGCAUACUUACUUGCAUACUGGUUGCAUUCUAUUUCAAGGAAUAAAAAGUGACUUUAGUAGCGGAAAAAAAUGCGCUGUAAGCGAUAACAGUUUGAUGGAAGAAAAAUGCAUGCUUGAGAUUGCAUCCGUCAAUUCCUAGCUCGCAGUCGCUUACCAGACUCUCGACCUGCAACUUUCUAAGGAAGUUUUUUUCCUGCGAUAUCUCGAUCCGAAAAAACGCGAAGGCCUUCUAGUCCUAGUCAAUCUCAUCUUAAACAGGAUAAAAACGAGCGGUUCACAUCGAAUCCGUUUAGCACUAUCUAAAAACAUAUAGUUUGACGUUAAUCAGUCGGCUGGCUGCAUGUUACACUAAUAAUUGACUAAUAUUUAUAUUAAUAUUUGCCUUCCAUAAAUGCAAUUUUAAAAAGUUGUUAUGCCUACACUGCUUUAUUUACUCAGGUGUUUGCCUAAACAAACAGAGCACGCUUCUAAAAGCUAAUUUUUUUAACUUUCACUUUGCUUGGGAACAACGUCCUUUAUAAACCAACGUAAUAUUACUUCCCUUGUGGCUUCAUUCGCUUGAACAUCGUCCAUUAUUAAUCGGGGGUUUUGGGCGUAUUUGAACUGAUUUCUGAUUGGUAAGUUUUAUUUUUUACACGCAAGCAUACUUCAUCAGUCACGUCAUCUACUGUGAGCUAAUGAAUUUCCAUCUCAGAACGUGGAGAUAAAAUCUAUGAAAACGCCCUUGUGCAGCAAAGUCCGGUAAUGAUUUCGUGGAAAUACUGACUAUUUUGUCCUACGGGAGAGUUUGAAAAAUAUAGGCGAAAGUACAAUUCUAAAAAGUUGCUGCGUUCGGUAUCGAGGUUGGUCCAGAAAAUCUUCUUAAUCGGAAGUAGUUGACGUCGCGUAAAAAAACGGAAAUUUCAAGUUCCGUCCUGCAUUUAGGAUGGAUGCGUGCGCAUCACUCCCAACUGUUCCCAAUCUCAGCUGACAUGUCGGAAGGCCGUAGAAGAGUGGAGUGGGCGUUACUCGUUGAUUUGAACUAGAGCCUUGGCACUGCACACCUGAGUUGGUCAUCGCUGGUCGGUCAAGUGGUCAUACCAAUAUCGCUGUCUCUGUCGGUAGAAAUUUCUGAUACAGUUUAAAACAGUCAAUGCACACAUACACACAAGCAAACCUGGGGUUUUGAAGAAGGAGACACGAUCGCUGGGACAAGAGCUCUAUUAGCCUGACGUUUCGGAUUCCUGCUCGAACCCAUCAUCAGAGACAAAACAGAUACGGCUGGUUCAUGAAUAAGGGACUGCAGUAUUUAUAGGAUGCAGUAGCCAUGCUACCGCAUACCUAUGAAUAUUCACGGCUCUCCCUUCAUCCGGGAUCAUCGCACUUGGUGGGAUAGCCGACAUUCGCGCCGUUAAUUGCUGCAAUUUCAUCACGUGCGUUGGAUGUUGGUGUGAUGAUUGUUCGACCAUCUGGCUCAGCAACCCCGGUGUUGGGAAAAGUGUUCACCUCUGCGCUCCCCGCAUCGCCAAUUACUCCGCCUAGGCGCAGUCUCAGCACCGAGUAUGAAAGGAUAAAAUCUUUGCACUUGUUAAAGGACCGGGGGCCAGUAGAUCAUGACCCAAACAGCUCUCGGCUCAAGCGGUUGUCACCUCUUGUGUGAAUUUCGGCCUCGUCGAAUUUGAAUGUGUGGCCGGAUCUCGUCGAAUGAGCUGCAACUUGAGAGCUGGCGUCAUUUCUCCGAACCGCUGCAGCGUGUUCGACCGUUCAUAUUGGGAGCUGCCUUCCGGUUUCUCCGAAGUAGUUGCUUUGUCCGCAACUGCACCAGAUCCGAUAAACGACUCCAUAGGUUUCUUGCUGUGGUUGCGCAGAGUUCGCUAAUGACGAUGCAUUAGCCGAAAGUGUACAUCUCAGCCUCCCUUGUCUCUGUCGGCAUGCAGGCGAGCAGGAUCCUGUAGCGUCCGCUAUGGCUCAGUACGUAGGAGUGAGGUAUUCAGGUAGUGUGUAGUACGCGCAGAGGGAUUGUCCAGCAGCGUUAGCCACUGCGCCCGAGACAACCUGUGGUUGUCCCGAAUUUGUCUUGUCACCACGUGGAAGCAGAAUAGGGGGGGGGUCCUAGGUGCACCGCAAGUGUAAUACCACUGUCGCGGUAUUGCUAGUAUUAUAAUUUUGUAUGUCAGUUGUUUAUGUCGUACUCACGACAUAAACAGAUGUCUGUGUUAAUUCCCGCGUGCAAGUUUCGACUGAAUGUCAGGCUGAUUCAGUUAUCGAUCAAUUGGCUUGGCUCGCCGCAACAGGGGACACAUUCAUGCAGUCGACCCUAGCGGGGGUAGCCGCUGAGUGCAGCGUAGACCGGACGUGGGUUGACGCGAUUCAGCGGGCUGCAGCAGCUGCAUGACGCGACUGCGAGGAGUUCAGCGCCGCUCAGCACCUCCAGCGUUCCCUCUGCGAACUCCAGAUAAAUACCAAGCUAUUAAUUCCUGAAAUUAAUUAAUGUAGAACUUGGAGCUUAGUAUUCAGGAUAGGCCAUUUUGGGGUCAACCCCUAUGGCUUUGUGGACAUUUGAGUUGAAGACAAUCACCUUUUGUGGAAUACCUGAGUAAGAUACAUACAGGCGUAGAAAGAUUUUAAUCGCAGUUGCCGAAAAAUGUACAAAAAGUAGGGAAGACGAUUUCCGGAUCCAACCUCUCCAGCACUUAUUUAAGUCUAUCAUAGCGUGUAGAUGGAAUGUAACGUUCGGCUGAAAUUUAAACUCCUCUCCGAAUGGAUUGGUCUUUAACCGCGCUAUUGAUCGGUUCUCAGGGAGCUUCAUCCAUCAGGUGCGGCUGCAUAACCACAUCUUACCACCAUAUCAGCCAAGCUAGCUAACAAUAAACUUAUAAUUGCAAAAUGUACGUUGGUUCACUGUGCAAACAGAAACGGCGUUAAGAGGAGAGCAUAUGAGGUUCAAAAAAUUAAGCAGUGGAUUUGAGCAAUAUUGUUAACUUUACAAGCCACAUUUGUAAAUGACGUUUCAUGAACGGCCAUUUAACGGUAUUAAAAAUUCUCACAAUUAGAAACUUUUUAAAACCGAAUUAUACUCUACACUUGAGUAUGAAAUUCGAAGAAGACGUGAUUUUCUACCAAAUAGGUAAAAGAAUGAAUAUUUUUAUGCAUGUUUUCCAUGAAAUAUAAUUGAAUAUUCAAGGACAUCGAAAAUCAAUGAGAAAAUUGCAUACUACAUAAGUAGUCGUUUUUUGCAGAAUAUAGAUCUUGCAUGCAGCCGAAAAUAAGUUCUUUCGAAAGCCGACACCCUGAGGUAACUGGAUCAUUAUAGAUUUAUGCUGCAUCAUGAUUAGUUUUACAACACUACUUAAUUUAUCUUUUCGAAAGGAGAACGCAUUUCGACAUUUUGGUUGACAUUUCAUGAGUUAGCACAUCUACUGUAGUUGUGUUUUCCUUCACUGCAGCAUGUUUUUAAAAUUGCCGUAGAUAAUCUGAUGAACGUCAGUAUGUCCCAAGUUUUCACUAAACAAAAGUGAUAUGUUUGUUGGUGUCCAUGUAAUAUGCCCACUCUGACGGAAAGUAACCGUCAAGAAACCAUCUCAGAUAAUCCUCGAACGAAAAAAAUGGCCUUUCAAAAUAGCCUAAGCUUUAUGAACGCACGAAUAUUUGGAUUGUUUGCUGACUGGCGUGCUUCAGUUUGCUCUGAAUCAUUCGAACAGAGUUCGAACACAGCUAAGUUUUUCGCCAAUGGGUGAUGCCGCUGAAAUAUAUAAUUUGUCUUGCAUAAAGGACUUUUAUGAGCAUUGCAGUUUGCUAUUGCCGAAAAUGAGAAGUCGGCCUAAAUUUCAGCCUUUAUGUCAAAUUUGAUAUUUGCGUCGACCGAGGUCAGUACUUUUUAUGUGCCAAAUAUCAGAUGUUUUCGCGAUAAUAACACUUUCAUUGAUAUGGGAGCCUAUAACGUUGGUUGUUAUCCGGUAUUUAAUAAUUCAUCUCUUCCCUGUGGGGCCACUUCGGCAAUUAUACCCAAUUCGGGAGGCAGUAGAGUGUGUUUAAUUUCACUCCGUAAUUUCAGUAAAGACAAAUUUCUCCUAUGUAAAUGUUCUUUUAUUUACAUAAUAUUUAUUAUGGCACAGUCGCAUGCGAGCACAUUAGGUGAGCUAACUCAUGAAAUGCUUACCGAAAUUUGGGAAUGCGUACGCGUUUCGAAAAGAUUAAUUAAGUUCGGUUGUAAAACUAAUUAUCAUGCAGCAUAUUUCUAUAAUAAUCCGGUUACCAAAGGGUGCCGGCUUUCGAAUGGACUUUAUUUCCGCCUGCAUACAAGAACUAUACUCUGCAAGAAAUGACUACUUAAUUACCAUUCAACUUUCUCAUUGAUUGUCAACGCCCUUGAAAUUUCAAUCAUAUUUCAUGAAAAACAUGCGUAAAAAGUUAAUUCGUUUACUUAUUGGGCAAAAAAUCACGUUUUUAUUUAAUUCUUUACUCGAAAGAAUGGUAAAAUUCGGUUUCAAAAACGUUUCAAAUCGUGGUAUUUUUAAUACUCAGAAAUAACCGUUCAUGAAACAUCAUGCAUCAGGUGCGGCUGCAUAACCACAUCUUACCCUAUUAGGCUAUCCGGACGUUCCGAGGUAGGCCUAGGGAGAACAAUCGUGUGACCGCCAUGGACAGUUGUUUUUUCGCGUAAAAGCUGGUGCGAGUUCACGCAUUCAUAUCUCAGCAUUCUUCCAGGCUUCGUUAGUUUAAGGUCAUUAAGUCGUCAACAUUCCACUCGGCAAAUAGCGCCAGAACUUAACCGUCUAGUAAUUGUCUUUCGGAUGCACACACACUGUUCCUGAAUGGCUGUUUUCAACCCGUCUGUAGUCGACUUUAAACUGAGUCACACCUUUGCAUUCGUCUAAGAUUAUGUGCUCAAGUAGGAGUUUAAAAGCGCUUGGCCCAAAGAUCAGUUUUUGCUUCAUCAAAACAUUGGGUACUUACUUUUUUCGAUAUUCGGAAUUAUUUCAAACGUUCGAGAAUAAGUAUUCUCUUAAUCACGCCGGGACCUUUUAAGGGACUGGUCAUGACUUGACUUAACUUACGAUUUUGAGUUCUGAACGUCAAGAUUACAGAGAGGAAUCCCUCCUGAUGAGGCUGGCCAAAGCUGAAAACGUUUCUUCGAUGAUCCAGCCACUUGGCGAUGUUGACUAUCUGAGGCGGAACUUGCAUGAACUGUAAUCAGAUGGAAGUGAGACAGCCCUAAGGCGACUAAGACCGGUAUUGUAAAAAAUAUUUGAAUUUGCUAUGGUUUUUUUUCAGCUCACAGAGAGGGACAGGGUACUAAACACCCUCCAGCGCUUGCGUUCCUCCUUCCCUCGGCUGACCGCGGAGACCCUUGAGGAGCAGGCUGGCCCCAUCCAGCCCUCCGCUGCCGGCACGGCCACCGACGAUCCGAUCAGUGCCACCCGUAGGCUGAUCGAGCAGACUUACACCAUGCACCAGGCCCUCUCUCAGAUUGCCCAGGUAGGUGUUGUCGGCAGACCGUUCACGCCGACAGCGGAGUGACAGGUAUUCGACCAGCACUGGCUAAUACCCCCUCCUGACCUUCGACCAACCAAUUAAAAUGAAGGCAGGUCUACGUGAGCCGAGCGCGGUCGAAGGCAAAAAUCGAUAAACCCAUCAACUGCAAACGCGCGUGCGUCGAUAACCCAAUUAGUCGCAAUUAGUGACCUAACUGAUGAAAUGUGUCGAAAUUUACAAAUGAUUGCCAGUCACUCGCAAACCGACACCAUUUCAUGAGUCCGAUUUCUAUGUUGAUUAAGUACAAGUUUAAAAAAAUUAAAAACAUAAAAGAAGUAUUAUAGGCAGUUUUGCGUUAUUUAGAAAUUCCGAUUUGUUUUGAAAAGCGCAAUAUCCCGAAAACGUCAGAAAUGGCUCUGAUUAAGUAAAGUUCGUUUUUAGAUGUAUUUAAUGUAUUCUCAUACCAAAAACGUAGUAAAUAUGAAAGUAGACGUAAAAUAACGUCUAAUAACAAUGUUUUAGUGAAGUUUACAUCUAAAUAUCUUCUAAUAAGUAGUGUGAAUUCAUAUAUGACGGUUUGUCAACUGCCUACAUUCUGGGUGUGGAUUCCAAAAUAGUUUUCCAGUGUUUCAUAAGUUCCUUUACUUUUUAGAGUAAAAUCAGACGAGUUUCAACAGGAUAAGCUGGAUUUUGCUUGAUUUUGCCGAUGGGGACGUCGUAGGAUCAAAAGUUUGCAUAAGGUGGCAUGCCAUGAGGUCGGUCGGUGCCUAAUAAAUUUAAAUAGAACUGACAGGCGUGAUCGUAAACAUACCAUUUUGUGUUUACAAAGAGAAAUUUUCUUCCGUUUAAUUAAUUUAUACUUUUUCUUCGUUUUGGAUUACGUCGAGUUUCAAAUCAACCUCGAAAUAUUGCCGAAUACUUCAUGAUUUUCAGUGUUUUCACCCGAUCUUCUAUAACGACGGAUUCUGAAUUACCUGUCUGAUAAAAACUCUAAACUAAGACUGUUCUUGAAGGCAUUUACCAAAUUAGUGAGUUUUCAGACGCUCAUUUUCACGAAGAUGGUUGUUCGGUCACAUUUGAAGACUAAUUAAAACAUCAAACUUCAUUUUCGUGAAAAAUGUCUGUCCACAACGAGAGUCAGCAACGAAUAUGCCUUCGAUCAAUAACAAAACGUUCCUUAAUAAGUUACCUUUUUAAGAAGUGCUUUAUUACUGCACUCCGUCGACGGAUCUCUGUGUACUUUGCAUUUUUGCACGGCGAGGCCAAGUAAAAAUUUGGCACUUUUGACGGUUUCUUUCAUGUUCCUAAGCAAUACAAAUAUUUUUCUACUGUAAACGCAAGAACAUGCCUUUCUCUAUACAUAGAGGCUAUUUCCACUGUUUUUGCUCGCUUUUAGGCUCCGUUCUUCGAUUAUGAAUGCACGGCAGAGCGCCCAUAUGAAAACUGAUAUUUUGUUGAAACUAAAAAUGUUUUGCUCGUUCUUUUGCUGAAAGAAGUAUGCACGGAGGUCAUCUAUGUGACAUCAGGUAGAAUUUUCCAAACGGCAAAAAAAUUUCAGCCCACUGAAACGAAGGAAUCCCUCUCUGCGUUAUUACUGCACUUCAGAGCACCAAAUCGCACAGAUCUGCCAAUUUGACAUUAAGGAAUUGAUAAAACUUCUCGUUUUCUUAAAAUAACCUUUUUGUUAGCAGGUUGAUAACCAUGGUUAACAUCGGACAUGAAAUAAACUUUCUAGUCCGGCCAAAUCUGUUUAUUAAAACUCUCGAGGUUAAAUUACUAUCCUUUCAAUGAAAAAGUCGUUCAAAUGCGUAACUAGAGUCUAGGACAUGUAUUAGCAUAGGAAAUUGCACGAAUAUAUUCCAACGUCUAUUUUCGCUAAAAUUUACUGAUAUUUUACUUCAUAUAAUUAUGUAAACAUAAUUUCUGCACAAGAAAAGGAUGUUUCAUUGAAGGACGUGGGUGAGCGAACAAAAUGCGCCACGUUAAAGACGUCCAGAAAUUCUCUAACCAGUUUUCGUUGUCAGAUUUCAUGAGAUAGGUCACGUACUGUAGGUGUUGUCGGCAGACCGUUCACGCCGACAGCGAGGUCUCAGGUAUUCGGCCAGCACUGGCUAAUAUCCCCCCCUCCUGACCUCCGACAAACCAAUUAAAAUGAAGGCAGGUCUACGUAAGCCGAGCCUGGUUGAAGUCAAAGAUCGAUAAACCCAUCAACUGCAAACGCGCGUGCGUCCGUGAGUGCGGAAAAUGCUGUACAGUUAAAUUAAGUUGUUUAGCAGAGCGAGAGGUUUAGGAAGGAGACGACUGAGGAGAAGUUAAAACAUGCGAAAUUAGAAAAAAAGAAUAUCUGAGCCAUCCCCUUUUGGAUGUUUAUUCCCAGUGGUGUUUUUGCCCAAGAUGGCAGCGUUUUUUUAAAGCAUGCUUUUUCAAACAAGAAUAAAAGUUGCAAUUUGCUAUGAAAAGAAUAGUCCGGUACCUAUUACAGCGUUGCAACUGUAACCAUAGUUCUCCUAACGCUACGCCUCAAACUAACUCCCCUAUGCCUAGACCUAACCCUAACCUAAACCGCCUCUGUAUUUCAGCGCAAGGUCACCUGUAAUAGGGGGGGGGGUAUUUAGGUCCUCUGAAAAGCAUAAUUUUUAGUAGUUACUGAUGGUCUAUUAGGUAGGACAUUUGAAGAUGUCUGAAAAAAAUUCCAUGGGUGUUCGGUCCUUGAGACUUGCAUAAAUUUCUCGGACCAAAACAAGGUAAUGGAAAUGAGUUAGGAGUUGACUUGGGGGCUCGGUUUAAUUGCCACAUUUUAGGCACGCUGCUAAAUAGGCCUGGUUUCAUGCGGCUGUUUUGUUUUGAAGUGUGGAUUUGCUCUGCAAUCAGCCCUCUCUCCUCGAGGGAAUCCGCUAAUGAGGAACGCUGUUAUUGGAACAGCUACGACUCUAUAAAGUGUCCAACGCACUGGUAAUUCAAGUGCCACGUUUAGAAUGCGAAGUAAAAGCUUGCGUACUUGUAAACGCAAAAAUUCUGAGACAGAGUAGUGCUCAAUUGCUUAAUUUCAAAAGUCAUCCAGGGACCAAUAGUUGGACAGCUAACGGACGUGCAUCUCGACCAAUGAGCUGCUCAUCUUCUCCCCUUUCGUACGGCAUUGGUCGUUCAAGUCCUAGGUCCGGCAGAAUGCCUGACCGGUGUGCUUCAUAAUGUGAGCUGUGCGGAGGACACACCAGCCUUCAACGUGAUUGGCUGAUAGAGCUAUUUUAAAAGCCAACCAGUUAACGUUUGCUUCGGGGAAAUCCUCCUUAUCCUCUGAUAUCUUACCUGGGACCUGCGUCUUCCCUGCCAGAAACACAAACUGCUACUUUUACGAUGUUAAUUUGUAUCUCAAAAGUUGAGACUCAGUAAUGUCAGCAUUUGCUCAAAUCAAAACAAUAAUAUACUUCGAGUUCAUCAAAAUGCCUUGUCAACAGGUUGUUUAGUUUCGGGACUAAGGUGCAAUGGAGGGGAGUCAAUAAACGGAAGCCUCAUAUGUUUCAAAAAUCUUGCAUGCUAAGUACAUGAGGCCAUUAGUUAAUGAAAACGCAUGCUGAGGCUGGAAUUCCAUUAAAGUUCUACCAAAAUACACUAGGUAGGCUUCCACCCAAGUUGAAAGGGGCAUAGUGAAUUUAUCUGUAGUUACGUGGGUAUAGUCCCGUAGAAGAUGAAUUCAACCCGACAGCCUUAAUCAUUCGACUUUGUUAGGAUAGAAACAUCUCCUAUUCUCCCGUGAAAUAGUCUUUUGAACCGCCUUUACUGCGGGUGGGUUAGGACCGCAUCGUCUUCUCAUAGUAAUAUCACCUACAGUUCAUACAAACUAAAUAUCGGCUUUUGAUAUCGCCUGAUCCUUCCUGGCUUCUUGUUGGUGAUUUAGGUUCAAGUAGGGGUAGGAAAAUAGUGUAUUACAUUCAAAGUUUACUUCCAGUAUAUGUUAUUCAGUCGCCAAAUUAAUAUUCAGCUGAUUCAUUCAUAGUUCCUGCUAUAGUGACCAAUCUCAUAACAUUUUGACCGAAAUUCCAAGAUAUAUUUUUGAUUAAGAAGGAGUACUUCGACUGGGUUGCCAUACCGAUCAUCGUGCGGCAUAAUUUAAUGAUGUAUUAGACACACUAGGAUGUUACUUUCGGAUGUUCGGUUGCUACGAGAAAAAAACUCGAUAAAGUGAAUAACUAGGUAAUAUAGGUUCUUCUUUUUAUUUUUUUUGGUACUCCUAUAAGCUCAAAAAAUAGUUUAUCGAAAACAUGAACGAAAUAUUAGUUCUUGUACUUAUCUGGUAGAUGCUUACAUCUUUUUCAACUUUGACACGCAAGAGCAGGACGUAUUUAGGUUUACAAAAUAGUUUUCCUAUUCUCGAAUAACUGUGAGUCGGAUCUGCGGUUUUAUUUACGCAUAGAGUUUUAAGUCUACAAGCUGCAUACUUUUGUAUGAGGAAAAUCACACAUUCCUCCAAGCCAUUUAGAAAAUUCCAUGCAGGGUUCAUGAAAUUUAGUGAUGGCUGUGGACUGUGUUGUAUACUUCCUUAGGAGCUCUAAAGAACGGACAGCUACGAUUAUUUUUGAAUGGAUAUUGCACGGUCUCAAAAAUCUCAUAAUUAGAAAUCGUUCAAAACCAAAAUACGCUUUUUAGUAUAAACUUUGAGAGAGACAUGAUUUUUUGCUAAACAAAUGCAAGAAAACAAUGUUUGUACAUGUUUUCUAUAAAAAUAUAUUUGGACUUACAAGGACACCGAAAAUCAAUAUAAAAAAUAGCCUGCUAUUACGAAAUGAUUUCCUACUGCUUGUGGUUUCAGUAGUCCGGCGCAAAUUAUCUCACUCAGAAGCCUACAUACUGUCGUGUCUGAAAUGUCUUGAGAUUAUGCUGCAGAUUAUUUAGUAUUAUGACCCCGUUUGAGUAAUCCCCCCUAAUUGAAAACACAUUUCCAGAACUUCGGUGAACAUUUCCUGAGGUUGGUUACCGACUGUACUUCAUCCUGUUCUCUUAGAAAUGUCUGGUUCGAGUCACAGAUUAACUGGCGAGAUCCACAAUACGAAAACACGCGUCUUCCAUUUUCUGCGAACAGCUCUGACAUCAGAAAAGCUGUCUCAAAUGCAGCAAACGGAAAUGGGCCAGACAUGGCUAUCCGCCUUUGAAGGAAGUUUACAUGAGAUAGGUCGGCCACAGAGGGAUACUGUUUACUUUUUUGCGCAAAAACAUGGCGACCAGGUAGCGUGCUCCGAUUGCUGUUUUUACCAAACACUUCCUCAAAGUUACCAAUUAGCGCAACUGGAAAGCCCCAUUUCCGGAAUGUGGCAGUAUCAAUGUACAGCACUAGCCCUAAGAGUGAGUUAAUACCUAAAAGAUUCUGGGGUGGCAAGUCAGACUAAAAAACCUUGUCAGCUGCAUCCAUAUGCAAGCUCUGUCUUUCCCAAGUCUUGGUAUUGGCGGAGUUGCCUCAAUGGCGGAACGAAGUACGGAGGCUCUUUUGCACUGGAACAGCGAUGUAGGGCCCUCGUAAGUGGCCACAGUCACCAGUCGAUAACUACUCCUGACAUAUCCCGAGGAAGCGGACAUGGUCGCUUCUGGCCUAGCUUCCAGCGUCAGCCGAACCAUAAGCAAGGAGAGUUUAGAGUUUGACGGCAAUCCUAGUCACUCGUUGAAGCCGACGCCUUACAAGUUAAACUGUUGUUUGCUUUAUCUCACUUAUGGUGAGUACUAAUCUGAGCCGUACUGGGGUUCUGUUUAAAGAUCUCAUUUAACUGCAGGCCGAAAGACGGCACGACUUAGGCCAUGCGUUGUGGCUGCAAGUUUGAAAGCGAUAGUCGGGUAGGUCAUUCAUUUGGAAGACAAUCAGUGUCAAUCCCAGGUUUUUUGCUAUCCCCUCACCUCAAAUUAUCAACUUAUCAGUUUUGGGAAUCGGACCACCGGCUGGUUAUAGACCGCGCAGCUCUCCCCAGCAUUGUUACACUUCAACUUCGAUCAACUCGAGCAUCGUCUUCCGACGUCUAAUUGAUACCCACCGCACAAACUUUCCCGGUCUCCACACUUUAGUGCGCAGUCCUGGGUCUUUCUUCUCAAUCGAUGAUCAGGUGUUCUGUUGGUUCAUACCUUCUUCAACCUACCUCCAGCUGCCUUUUUCUAAUGUCCUGAUUUGUCAAAAAGAGUGAUCUGUCCAUUCCCAAACACACAAGUACACUGGUCUCACCUUCUCUCUCCCUCCCUACACAACCGAUGGAUUGCUCGAGCAUUGCCGACAACUGAUAGUGAGGUUGAGCAUAAUGGACGGCUCCGUCUAAAUGUGGCCCACGUAUAUACUGCAGUAGUUGCGGACUCACAAACUUGCUACAACUCAGUCAAUUUGAAUGUAUGUCUCUUAACCGGACGAACCUGAUGACUGUGUCUGUUUCAGCCAUCUGGAUAUGCGAUUGUCCCCAAAACAGGCCACGUGGUAGACACUCUGGACCAGCACAGGGGCCAUAUCGGAUUUUGGCAGCCGUUAUCGGAUUUGCGCACCAUAACAUUUGGGGGUGCGGUGACAGACGUCAAGCACACUGGGACCCCUGUCGCCGCCCGUUGUUAUUGUUGGUCAAAAACCUGGUCAUUUGUGGUGUGGACCAGGGGAUAUGUAGUGAAAGGCCAAGGUGCGGGCCCGACCGUGCCAUCCGCCUGCGCCCCCCCUCCACGUCCGGUUUUCUUGACUCUCCCUUGACAGCGGGCUCAGGUGGGGGAGGAGAAAGUGCUAUAGAUGCUGUGUAAGUCUGAUAUCUCUAUAAACUAAUUCACGCACAAGUCACCGUCCCUGUUCACACCUUGCCGUGGAACACACGGUGGACAUCGUCGUCUACGGCGAUCGAAAUGUCGUCGGAUAUGAGUGGUUGGAGUUAAGGGGACUUAAAAAGGACGAGAUAUCUCUUUGCUGGUGCCUAAUGAUACCCGAACCUUACAUGAGUAGUAAGACGACAAGCAAAAUCCGCUUUACAUGCUCAUUACAGUAUGUAUGCUUAUUUUCUGUUGAAGAUGAUCAUUGCAGACAGCGCUGGUGCCGACGCAGACGAGGCCCAAGAACCCCUGAUUACCAGCUUCCAGGUGCGCUACAAGGCCUCAGACGGCUACCUGGCUGAUCUCACAGCUGUGGCAAAUGAACUGGACUCCGCAACGCCCCCACCGAGAACGCCUCGUCCACGAUCGACUUCACCGCCCUCCAACGGCUCGCGAGAAACCGUGCCCCCUCGUGUCACCAGAUCCCGAUCCCCCGUCGCCAGCCAGCAGGCGCGGCAUCAAGACUUCUUCGGUCUUCUUCGGAGCUCGAGAUCCGUGCCGAAGUUGGCCGAGACCACGGUGGCUGGGGUACAGACUGCCCUCAAUCGGAGAUCGAUGCAGGUGAGCUGUCGGUGGUCGCAGAGGUGUGUUUAACCAAGCAACAGUCCGUUCCUGCUUCGAGCACAUCUCGUGUCUUGGCCAUUCUAUUCUCAUGAAACCCAGCGCGCGCAUUAUCUCUGGGGAUUAACAAGCGCGACUGAGUGGAUUUGCAGCAGUCAGAUGCUACUAACGUCAACACUGACGUGAUUCAUGCACUAUAGAGUAGGUGGGCUAACUCAUGAAAUCUCAACAGAAAUUCCGAAGUGCGUUUCCGUUUCGCAAAGGUUAUUUAAGUGGGGUUGUAAAACAGAUCAUCAUGCAGGAUAACUCUAUACUAAUUCAUUUACCCCAGGACGCCCGUUUUCGAACACACGUCCUUCCGGCUGCAUCUAAAAACCAUACUCCGUGAAGAAUGACUACUUAAGUAGCAUGCAUUUUUUCAUUGAUUUUCGAUGCCCUUAAAGAGUUAAUUAUAGUUCAUAGAAGACAUGCAUAAAAAUAUUCAUCCCUUUGCUCAUUCGGUGGAACAUUGCGUCUUCCUUCAAUUUUAUACUCGAAGGAAUGGUAUAAUUCGGUUUUAAAAAAGUUUAUAAUUGUGAGAUUUUUAAUACCAUGAAAUGGCCCUUCAGAAAACGUCAUGUCUCUGUAUUUACCAAUGUGGCUUGUAAAGGUAACAAUGUGGUUAAAAUCCACUAAUUAAUUUUAUGAACCCCAUACGGUAGAGAAAUGUAUGGUUUUCCGUACGCCGAAAUUAUACGGCUCGUAGUUUGGGAAUCCUGAAGGCAAGUGUAACGGCAGGUCGAAUUCAAAAUUAUUCGGGAAUUUUAAAAGUUUUGAAAACCGAAUUAUACCCUUCCUUUGAGUUUAGAAUUGAAAGUAAACGUAGUUUUCCACUGAAUCAGCAAAAGAAUGAAUAUUUUUAUGCACGUUUUCUAUGAUCUGUAGUUAAAUCUUAAGGGGCAUCGAAAAUCAAUGGCAAAUUGCAUGCUACAUAAGUAGUCAUUUUUCACGGAGUACGGUUUUUGGAUGCAGCCAGAAAGACGUUUGUUCGAAAGCCGGCGUCCUGGGGUAACUGAAUUAUUAUAGAAUCAUGCUGCACACAAUUAAUCUUUACGAAACGGAAACGCAUUUCUGAAUUUCUGUUGAGAUUUCAUGAGCUAGCCCGCUUACAGUAGUUAACAGAUGAAACUCUAGAAGGGUACGAGGUUGAGCAUGGGUGUGAUUGGUUGGAGGCGGAGUUUCGCCCUUAUAUUUGCGAUCUACUCCUAAUAUUGUUCGUUUAAGUGCAUGCUCUUCGUUUCUCUCAGUCGAUUUAUAGCUCGUUUAACAUUUGCGCGCCCAGUUUGUGCCAGUUCAUGUGAUAGGAUCCACCCCGUCAUCCACCCUGACAAAGACUGCUGAGCCACUAAGUUUGAUGGUGCCAGCUCACUGGGCAAGCACCUGAUCCCGUUCGGUGACGACGAAGAUAUUAUUCACACACCGCGUCCAGAACAUCGAACGUAAAGAACGUAGUCACGUUCGACGGAACAGUCUACGAGCAGGUGAAGGACACGUCAAUGGGUUCGCCGAUUUCGGCACUCAUAGCCGAGGCGGUGCCACAACCGAUGGAAUCGCUGGUUUUCCGACACCGCAUACCGAAACGUUUGACUCCGUAUAUUAUGAUAUUUUCGUCAUCAUUGAACAGGCUCCGGUGCCGACAUUCAAAGAACAUCUCAACGCCAUCUUCUCGGUCAUUCGACUUACGAUUUAGGAGGGAGAAAACAACCAGCUCGCCUUUCUAGGUGUCCUCGUUGGCCGCAAAGAUUGUGGUGGCCUAAAAACCAAAGUGUUAAGGAAAGCGACAAACACGACAUAGAUACUAAGCUUAAACAGCAGCCGCCCGAUCAGUCACAAACGAAAUUGCGUAAGGGCGCUAUACCGGCGCGUUGAGACGCACUGCAGUGAAAUGGAAGAGAAGGUUGCUGAAUUACAAUAUCUUCGACGGGUAAUGAGAGCCAAUGGCUACCCGCACCACUUUGUCAACCAGUGCAGACGGAAAGGACACCAGAGACCAAAUCCAACCGGCCCUAAAUUUUGGCGGACUCUUCCGUACGUGAAGAACUUCUCGGAAGCCGUCAGUCGUCUUCUCACUCCACUUGCAGUUGGAGUUGCACACAGGCCGGAAGCAACCAUCAGGCGUCAAGUCAUGAGACCAAAAGACCCGCUGCCACGACAGGAAACGUCUGGAGUCGUUUACCGGAUCUGAUUAAGUUGCGAACAAAGCAACUACGAGAAGUUUACUUGUCCGACGUUUCGCGUCCUCACCCUAAACUAUCACGAGGGGCAGGAAGAGUUAAGGGAGACGAACGCGCGGGGGGAAGCGGAUUGUCACUCGAGGCUUCGCAAAUACCGUUAGAGAUAGAAGCGAACAGGCGAGUUUCGGGAAACAGUUCAGAAGAAUAAAAGGCGAUCACUGGAACAAGAAGUUUAUUGGUCUGACGCUUUGGACAGAAUAACUACGUCGGAGAAACUUCUAGAUUACUCCAGACGCCAAUGGUCGGGCACGCAGCAGCGGUGAGGAGGAAAGACGCCAACUCUCAGGUGGCGGCUCAUUCCACAUUCUUUGCCGAGAUUUUCCCUGGAAAGGAGGUUCAGUCAGGCGAGAGGGCGAGGGCGAACAGAAAUCCCAGUGACAGCCAGGCAUAUGGUCAAGAAAUCAUCACGUAAGUAUCCAAAGCGAAUGACGAAAUCGCGGCAGUGAGCAACACGGACCCGGACUGAUGGGCCAUCAUCGCUGCAAUUACGACCCCUAGAGGUGAUUGCGAGGACUGCUAAUUGCAGUACGUAUGUGCCCAAGGGUAGCUACGUGCUAUAAAUACCACACUACUUUUGGUUUGACUAUCCUUAUCUGCAACUCCCUCUGAUGAUGGGUUUGAGUGAGAAUCCAAAACUUCAGGCCAAUAUACUUCUCGUCCCAGUUGUUGCAUCUUCGCCUUCUGAACUAUCUCCUGGUACUCCUUACAAGUAACGGUCAUCUCAGCCUGCUCUUCUUUCUCAGUGUUACCGGUAAGACAGAUUGCCUUACAUUCUGGCUUCAGGACAAACCCCGUGGCAUUUCGGCAACCAACUGGCGUCAGUUCGCUUUUGCCAUUUGAUACACUAAUGUGACUAUUAUAAAGAAAUGUAACGAGUAGGACGAUGAUUGACACAGUCCAUUUGGCGCAAAUUCUGAUGUGGUAACUGUGGCAAGCUAGUGGGUAUGGUCUUUGAUGUUGAGUAUAAAAUGCACAUUUACGUAAUAAAUCGCCACCGCGUAGAAUACUGUGGCGCAUACAUUAGCAGUACUAUCUCAUGAAAUGCUAACUGAAAUUCUGGGAUGGAUUACUUAAGUAUGGUUGUAACAUCAGUCAUUGUGCAACAUAACCCAAAGGUAUUUUAAGUAAGUCAGGGUAGCGGUUUUUGAACGAGCCCCUUAACGACCAUCGCAAAAAUUAUAAUCUGCAAAAAUAAUUACUUAUGUAGCAUAUAUUUUUCCAAUUUAUUUCCGAUGCCCUGAUAAAUACAAAUAUACUUUAAAGGAGUCGUGCUUCAAAUGUUCUUCCUUGUGCUCGUUUGUUAGUAAAUAACGUCCUCCUUAAAUUUCAUGUUUAAACGAGGGGUAUCUUUCGGUUUUAGAAAAGUUUUUAAUCCUGAUAUUUUUUAAGAUCGUGACAUGUUCAUUCCCAAAGCAUCGUGCCGGUCCAUUUAGUAAUGCUUCAAGUUCGCGUACCCUGAAUGCAAGCGUAACGACAGGUCGGAUCCGAAAUUAUUCGGAAUGAAGAGAGUUCUUUAAACCCGAGUGCGACCCUUUCUUCAAACAGAGAAAUUAAGGAAAACUCAAUUUACUUCAAAAUGAGUAUGUGAAAGAACAUUUUUGUACGUAACUCCGAAAAAAAUAUUUGAGUUUCUAAGGAAAUCGAAAGCCAAUGAGAAAAACCAUACUACUUAAGUAGUCAUUUUUGCAGAGUGCAGCUUUUACAGGCAACUGGACAUGGCUGAACUAACUUUGGGUUAUGCUAAGGAAUGAUUAUUAUGAUGAUGAUUGCCAAUAGAAGCGAAAAGACGAGUCCCAGGAAGCAGUCUUAUUAUUAUUAUUAUUAUAAAACUACUUAAACAUUCUUUUCAGGUCGGAGACACAUUUCAGAAUUUCGGUUAACAUUUCAUGCUAUAGCACAUCCGCUGUACACUAUUAAUGGCCAUAUAUCGGACACAUAAUAAGUGCAUUCACGAAGAGAAGUCUGACAUCUGGCGACGCAGAGGUAGUGCCGGCGAUUGCCAAAUACAACUUAUUGUCGGAAUCCCGGACGAUUGUUGCCGUAGCUGGACGUCUGAGUGUGACCCCUGAAAGUAGAUAGUGAUCUGGGGUGGGGGGGGGGGCAGGAAAGGGGACGGGUUUCAUCUACCUAAGGGGGUGAGGGAAUCGCGUGCGUGACACUGUCCUCCUUUGGCUACUGACCUCUGUUCUCGCGAGCGGAAGGGCUACAUCAGCAGGAGCGAGUUGUUUUGGCUGUGUUGAUGUGAGGAACAGGAGAGAGAUAAGCUGGACCCAGAUAGAUGUGCUGGGUACGAGAUGUUACGAAUCGCCAAAGUAAACUUGGAGCCUUCGGCGGGGGGAGGGGAAUGGGAUUCCAGAUUGAAACGGCCACCUCUAGAAACUAGGAGACGAGUCCCAGGAAGCAGUCUUAAAGAAGGAGACACGAUCGCUGGGAAAAGGGCUUUAUUAGCCUGACGUUUCUGAUUCCUACUUGAACCCGUCAUCAAAGUCAAAAGCAGACAAGGGUGGUUCAUGCGCAGUACUUAUACGAUGCAGUUGCCAUGUCACUGCAUACCUAUGAAUAAUGACGGCUUCUCACCUCCCUGGAUGUCCUCGUAGGCCGCAAAGAUUGUGGUGGCCUAAAGACCAAAGUGCUCAGGAAAGCAACAAAUACGAUGCAAGUCUUGAACUUCAACAGCAACCACCUAAUCAGCCGCAGACAAAGCAACUACGUCGGAGAAACCGGAAGACAGCUCCGAACGCGAAUGGCCGAACACGCUGCAGCGCUGCGGAGAAAUGACGCCAGCCCUCAUGUUGCGGUUCAUUCGACGGGUUCCGGCCACGCAUUCAAAUUUGACGAGGUCGAAAUUCUCGCAAGAGGUGACAACCGCGUGAGCCGGGAGCUGCUUGAAUCAUGGUUUACUGGCCCCCAGUCCAUUAACAAAUGCAAUGACCUUCCCCUUCCGUACUCGGUGCUGAGACUUAGCCUAGGCGGAGUAAAUAGCCACGCGGAAAGCGCACAGGUGAACACUUUUCGCAACAUCAGGGUCGGUGGGUCAGAUGGUUGGGCAAUUAUCACACCAACAUCCAACACCCGCGAUCAAAUUGCAACAGUUAACGACGCGAAUGUCGGCCAUCAAAUUGCCAACACACCAAGUGCAACAAUCCCUGAUGAAGGGGGGAGGGGAGGGAGCCGUGAAUAUUCAUAGGUAGGCAGUAGCAUGACGACUGCAUCCUAUAAAUACUGCAGCCCCUUGUGUGCAUGAAAAACCCAUGUCUGCUUUUGCCUCUGAUGAUGGGUUCGAGCAGGAAUCCAAAAUGUCAGGCUAAUAAAGCUAUUGUCCCAGCGAUCGUGUCUCCGUCUUCAAGACGGCCACCUCUGCCUGCACAGAUUGCGUGGUGACAGCAUUGCUGCUGCUGCCGCUGCCGAGAGGGCAUCCCAGCCUCCAACAGAGUCUUGUUAUAUCCUCUGCACUACUUUUAGUCGCAUACACGUAGGAUGUGUGCUUUCACAACAUGCCACCUUUUCAGACGGCCUGAGGCAGAGGGCAGAGGGGGAGGGAACGGUCACACCUGUCUGAAGGGGAACCCCUUGAGUGACACUGGUCUCUGUUCUCGCCAGCGGAAUGGGGGGGGUAUCCCAACAGAGACGGGUUGUAAGAGUGUGUUGAUGUGACGGAUAGGGAGGCGAAGAGAAACCCAGUGAGAUGACGGAGGAGAGGGGACGGAAUCCCCGAUGUCAACACACAGGUGGCGCGGUGACCGCGUUGCUACUGAUGGGCCACCCCGGGGUCACACAGGCCAGCAGACAGACUACUCAUGUCCUCAUCACUACUUAUGUUUUCCUGCCUGACAGGUACAAGCCUUGAGGCUGAAGCUGUCACACCUGCGUGGACGCAUCACAGCACUGAACAAGCGUCUCGAGGAUGGUGAUGCUGAGAGACGACGUCUGGUGGAACAAGUGACCGGUCUGCGCAACGAUUGUGAUCUCACCCGAAAAGAGGCCGAGGUGGCACGUCUGGAGAGAGACAAAUCCAAAAACGCGCUCAGGUGAGUUGAGUAGGCACAGUUGACUGUCUGUUUUCGUCCCUUUUCCUGUAUCGCAGUUGGUAGCCAGGACCCGUAUUACAGGUGGCGGGGGGUUUGUUUACUGAAGCUUUUUUGUGGGGCUCCACCAUCACAUCUGACCCAACUGCGAUCUAGCCUCUGUACCGUCUGAACAGACCGCUGGCAGAAAGAAGGAAGACGAAUUUGGCUGCUAUGCAAACCCUAGAUGCAUGGUAGGAAAUUAUGGAAACUACAUGACUAUUAAUUAUCAUUAACCCGCCAGGUAUUAGGAGAUGCUCCCGAAUCCUGUUAGUGUCCUCUGCGGAAUGGUCACCGUUCCCGCACUUUUUAAUUUUCGCAAAUAACUUCUUUUACUCACGCAGUAGUAAGCCAGGCUGUGUAUGCGCGGGGACUCGUAAAAACUAUAGGCAUACCGCCAAGUGGAAAAUAUUCCUAACUUGAAAUUGUAGCCCUCAUUCGGAAGGAAAAUCACCUCGGUUUGGAAUUUUUGAUCUAAUUUACACAUGUGAUCGGAUUUUUUGGCCUGUGUGAAGAUUGGGGUAGGUAAGUAGAAUAGGGGGGAUGAGUUGGAGUAUUUCCGCAGAGGUACGCCGGUAAAUGGAAGGCGCCAACACAGCACAUUCGGAGUCAGAUUAACAUACCGGUGGAGUUACACCUUUGUCUGAGGUGAGAUAGACUGCGAUGUCAACCGAACACUGAGGACAGAUCACGAGUGACGGUGACGAUAGCAAUAGGGAAUGGACGGUCUCGAGCAGAGGGGAAGUGAGUUUCAACAGCGACUGAAAGACAAUAUACGUAAAAGGGGCUUUACGUCGAACGCAGGGGUUCAUGUUGAAUGUAACACUACGACCAUUGUGAACGUUGAUGUCCAAGUAUUGAAUGCAUGGACCAGAACGGGGAACAGUCACUCGCACAUUAUCGGCACCUCUCACGUAAGUGGAAAAUAUGCCUUUCGGCCACUUUCUUCGUGUGGCUCCUCUGCUGUAUGCAAUAUCAGAGCGUUCUAAACCCCUUCUGUGUGAUAUUCCGAUUCGCACUCAUGGGGGGCAGGUCUGCGUGUGGCACGUUCAGACGAGCUGCUCUCGGCUGCGUCAGCCACCUCUUUCAAUCUCAGCAUCGGCCGGUUGACCGGUUCGACAGCCGACUGUUGCAAAGGAUGGGGUAGUGCGAAUGAGGUCGACUCUAAGCGCGCUUUAGACUAAAACAGUACGCCAAAAGCCGUGGUCUAGAAGGUUGCAAAUCGACGCUCCGUCCUGACUGGCUGGUGGACUUAGAGUCAAUCUAGGAGGGCUCCUGUUUAAUAACGAUCGUUCAGACAUGUGGGAUCCGAGCCGCUUCCUCACUGCGUGUGUGUAGUUUGGGGGGCGGUUAUGCAUACGGCGCACGCGGACGGGCUCCCUUGUUCUGUCGGCCACUGCGCCCACGUCCGGCAUCAGACCUCUGACCGGCUCGGACAGUGGACUGGUGCCAGGGGGUGCGAUUGACAGUCUCAGCGCAUAUGCUUCAUUAUAAACAACCGAACACGCUUGAAUCUAACCAAAAACCGUGGCUUAGAAGGUUGCCAACCAGCGGGAUAACUCAGACGUCACAGUUUGUGUGGGGUGGCCGACUGGUGGACUGAGAGUCAGGUUGCAGUAGUUCCUUUCUAACGUGGCCUCUAUGGCACUUCCAUCUAGUGGGAUUCAAGCCGUCCUCCUUCUUCUCCUCCUCCUCCUCCUCCUCCUCCUCCUCCUCCUAAUCCUCCUCCUCCUCCUAAUCCUCCUCUCUUAUUGUGUGUAA